UUGAAGACGCUGGCAGUUCAAUAUGGCAGCAGGGCUGAAGGGGCCCGAGGGAGCUGUCACGCGGAUUUGGUGACAGUUCUGCAGCCGGCAGGGUCCCGAGGAGCGCCCGGACUGUGGUUGUGUUAAGUGAGAAUUCAGCAUGGCUCAGGCGAGUCUCCUGGCUUGUGAAGGCUUGGCAGGCGUGAGUCUGGUUCCCACUGCGGCCAGCAAGAAGAUGCUGCUGAGCCAGAUUGCCAGCAAGCAGGCCGAGAACGGCGAGCGCGCAGUCAGCCCCGACGUGCUGAGGUGCUCCAGUCAGGGCCAUCGGAAAGACAGCGAGAAGUCCCGGAACCGCAAAGACGACGACAGCUUGGCUGAGGCCUCCCAUUCAAAAAAGACUGUUAAAAAGGUGGUGGUAGUGGAGCAGAAUGGUUCUUUCCAAGUAAAGAUUCCCAAGAAUUUCACUUGCGAACACUGCUUUGGCGCCUUCCGGAGCAGUUACCACCUCAAGAGGCACAUCCUCAUUCACACUGGUGAGAAGCCGUUCGAGUGUGACGUCUGUGAUAUGCGCUUCAUCCAGAAGUACCAUCUGGAGCGCCACAAGCGCGUGCACAGUGGCGAGAAGCCGUACCAGUGUGAGCGGUGUCACCAGUGUUUUUCUCGGACAGAUCGAUUACUCAGACACAAACGGAUGUGCCAAGGGUGCCAGUCCAAGACUUCCGACGGGCAGUUCUCUCUCUAGGCGCAAGGGGCCCUGGGUGGUGGGAGUGAGCGGAAGAAUCUGCUGACGAGUGCACCCCCUCUGGUCUGAUGGUCCCACCACCACCCGAUCUGAACCUGUCCCCUCCUGAAGACGUGGACCCUGGAGACCAGAAGCGUGGAUCAGGGCACAGUGGCCCCAGAGCGUCAGCUCUGUAACUAAUCUGAGACUCCGCGUAUCUCGGGGAAGUUCCUGCAGCAUUCCUGGGUGGCAGAGCCAGUCCCUGGACCCUUGACUGCAGUCAGCAGUGGGGACUCGAGGUACAGGACCAAGAAUGAAGCGUGGCUCCCACAGCCGUGGACUGCAGCUGGCAGCUGGCGUGGAAAAGACUGGGGGAGGGUGUGUGUGUGUGUGUGUGUGUUCUGUUCUUGUUUCUGUUGAUCUCAAAGCAGUUUCAGCAGGUGAACUGUGUAUGCAGGCAGCCUGGAGGCGUGGAGUCCUGGCCCAGGGCAGGGACUGUGGCUGGUGCAGCCCUCCCCAGAAUUCAGUCUUCAGUUAGCUGCAGUAGCUCCUCGGUGUCCGCGGCCCUGCGCCUCACCUUGGUGAGGGGGAAUAGGUUCAGGGAUGGCAACUGAGCUCACUUUGGCCUUCUUAUACACUGUAGAGGUGAGAGGAAGAACAGUAGGAGGAGCAGACUCAGGCCGGAUCCAAAAACCAUGUAUGGCACCUCUUCCGUCCUCCAGGGAAGAGCUGGAGCUGUGCCCGUGGGUGCUGUGACAGCCCGUGCCACACUGGGAGUACCCCAGGGGUCAGCUCAAGUGCCUUUUGGAGGAAACUUGGGAGAGAAAGUCCCGGGAUGCCCUUCCCCUCUCUCUUUGGGCAAGUGGUCUUGGAGAAAAUAUGUGGCUACCUCGCUGCCGUUGAGUCCUGCAGCCAGACAGGUUGAGCAGGAUGUCAGAGUGGGUUCUCUGUCCUUGGGCCCUCCUGGGGGAGACCCGAGCCCGGUCCCGCAUCGGCUAACAGCUGUCGGAGAAACAGAGGAGUUCGGCGUCCCCCGAUGUGACGGUUGAAUGCCCAAGUCCCAUCACUGUGUUCAGGUAGGAGAGAGGGGUCUGGCCUUCGGUCCCAAAGAGCAGGAUGGGGCUUCCCUCUGGACGGCGAGUGGGCCAAGGAGUGCUGGGCAUGGAGCCUCAUGGGGGCCGCCUUCUCAGCUGUGCUCGGCUCCUCUGCCCCAGCACCAGCAUGCUGUGCACCCCGAAAAAAGCGAUCAGGUGUGCGUCAGUGUGUAGUUUUGUGAGUGCUUGUGUUUGUGUGCUUGGAGGAGAAGGCCUGCUACUGAGCCAGACCCUUCUCUGGCCCUCAGCUUAGGGGCUGACUGAGCCCCCUCCCCCCCUCCACAUCUGAAGGGUGCUUGAUGUCCCAGCAGGAGCUGAGGGACUUUGUUUUGGAGGGGUUUAUUAAGGUUGAUUGCGCAGGCUGGUGGUAGGGUGGUCCUCACCCAAACCACGGCUUGCGAACGUGACAUUUUUAAGGUGAAAUUAAAAACCCUCUUUGUUCCUGCUAAAGAAAGGAUCCUUACGGGAGGUUCUGGAGUUUGGUUGACCACUGUGGCCUGCCCUGACCUGUGUGGGGAGGGCUGUCUUAGACAGAAUCAUGGAGACUGAGAGAAGCUGCACGCAGGCUGGGGGCGUAGGCCAUGUGCAGCAGCCUCCUGCAUGCAUGGGGGGCAAGGGCGCAGUGGCCCCGACACCUGGCUGCUACCUAUUCCAGGAGGGCUGCACCCUCUGAGGUGUGAGUGUCAGGGGAAAAGGAGAUGAGGCGCCCUUUAGACUUCCUCCUUGGGGAGGCGCUGGGCAGUGUGUUCUGGGCCCAGCUCAGGCCUGCGUUGUGGGCCCUGCACCCAGGGCAUCUCUCUCUCCCUGUUAGGUUUUUCUGCCACUCCUAGGAAGGCUGCAUUUAGAAAUUGCCCUCCAAAAGUGCUUUUGAAAAUAGGAGGUCUCACUCCCUGCCACUUGGAGUGCCACUGUUUGGGGGGGAAGGGUGUGAGGAGCAACAUGGGGGUGACCUAUGACCCCAUGUGUGCAUAGGUGUGCUCAAUCAGAAUGUGCCCUGGCCCCUGCAGGCCUUGGCUCCCUGCCUGACUGGGUGGGUAGGAGGGAGGGGACUUGUGCCUGCACAUGGCUGUGCCAGAGCUCCUCCGCCCUGGCUUGGGAGUGGGGGAGCCUCACAGCAGGAGGGCAGUUUGGUUGCUGGCAUGCAAAUGUCCUGGGGCAGCAAACAUGGGAGAGAGGAGCAGAGGAGUGCCUGGGGCCCAGGAGCCCCACUCACACCCCAGGAAACCCAGACCAAGAUGGCAGCACAGGCUCCUGGGCCCAGUGCCUCCCCUUGCCCCUUGGCUGGGGUGAGCCUAGCACUGGAAAGAUGCCUCAGGUAUGUUUGGGGUGAGGGUAGGUGGAGGCAGGGCAGCUCUCACACCAGGAUGUGGAAUGGGACCUGGGAGAAAGUGGUGCCAGUCCCUGGGUGGGCUACUGCCCCACGCCCUGCCAGCACCCCUCCCCUCCAGCCACCCCCGCAGCCUCUCGUCAUCACUUAGCUACUGACUGUGCCCCAUGGCUUGACACUGGAGGAUAGGUGAGCAGAGCCCACCUUGACUGUCCCCCUCCCCAGAUGCUCUGCCUCUGCUGCCGCCCGGGGGCGUCCCCCUUCCAUAGCCCCUCCUACCCCCCCCCCUUUUUUUUUAAUAUACUUAUUUUGCUAUUGGGGAGGGAAAUAUCAGAUGAACAAGAUCACUUUUAAAUGGUAGUUUUUAUAAGAUGUUAUAAACUUGUAUCUUUUUACCAUUAAAGUGCAGUGUAUGUUC